ACCAGAGAGCACUGAAUCGGAUAGGGUUCCUCAAGAACACCAGCGAAUCCGCCGAAGCCAGCUAAUUCAACAAUGGCAGCCGAACUUGGUCAUGGGAAUUGUCUUUCAUGGGCAGCAAGAAAUGUGACUGGAACCCUUUCACCCUAUAGAUUUGACCGCAGAUCUGUUGGAGCAGAUGACAUUUCUUUGAAGAUAAAAUAUUGUGGAGUUUGUUUUGCUGAUGUUGUUUGGACAAGAAAUAAACAUGGUGAUUCGAUGUACCCAUUGGUGCCUGGGCAUGAGAUUGUUGGAGUUGUCACAGCAACUGGUUCCAAUGUUAAAGGCUUCAAGGUUGGUGACCAUAUUGGGGUGGGGACGUAUGUAAAUUCAUGCAGAAACUGCGAGUAUUGUGAUGAUUUUCUAGAGGUCUUUUGUUCCAAGGGACCAACCCUUACUUUCAAUGGACUUGAUUCAGAUGGAACAGUCACAAAGGGGGGAUAUUCCAGCUUCAUUGUUGUUCAUGAAAGGUACUGCUAUAAGAUACCUGAUGGCUAUCCUUUGGAUAAGGCUGCACCUUUGCUAUGUGCAGGUAUCACAGUAUACAGUCCCAUGAUGCGUCAUAAGAUGAACCAGCCUGGUAAAUCACUUGGCGUGAUAGGGCUCGGUGGCCUCGGACAUAUGGCUGUAAUGUUUGGCAAAGCUUUUGGUUUGAAAGUUACUGUUUUCAGUACUAGUGAAUCCAAGAAAGAGGAAGCCCUGAAUCUCCUCAGAGCCGACAACUUUGUGAUCUCAUCAGACAAGCAGCAGAUGAUGUCUUUGAUGAAGUCAUUGGAUUACAUCAUCGACACUGCUUCCGGAGAUCACCCUUUUGAUCCAUACAUGUCUCUCUUGAAAGUUGGUGGGGUUCUGGUCCUGGUAGGCUUCCCAAGUGAAGUCCGACUACUUCCUAUAAGCCUCAACAUGGGUGCAAAAAGCGUAUCUGGGAGCAUGACAGGCGGCACCAAAGAGACACAGGAGAUGUUGAACUUUUGUGCAACAAAUCAAAUAUACCCUGAGGUCGAAGUUAUUAACAUUCAGUACAUAAAUGAGGCUCUCGAGAGGCUCAUUAAAAGGGAUGUGAAGUAUCGCUUCGUGAUCGAUAUCGCAAACUCUCUCGAUUAGAUGUAGAAUUAACUAUUGUGUUGGGAUGAGAGGGAUUAUUUAAGUGAUUGCAAAUGUAAAAAAGAAUUUUUUCAAAAGUAAAAAAUAUUUAUAUCUUGUGUUCCUUAUCUUACUUAAGUUUGAGGGAAACGAUGA